AUGAUUACUUUGGAUUGUAAGGACUUGAAUGAUUUUUGGUGGCUUACAGGAAACGAGAUAUUAGAGGAUAUUAGAGAUAUUAGAGAUAUUAGAGAUAUUAGAGAUAUUAGAGAUAUUAGAGAUAUUAGAGAUAUUAGAGAUAUUAGAGAUAUUAGAGAUAUUAGAGAUAUUAGAGAUAUUAGAGAUAUUAGAGAUAUUAGAGAUAUUAGAGAUAUUAGAGAUAUUAGAGAUAUUAGAGAUAUUAGAGAUAUUAGAGAUAUUAGAGAUAUUAGAGAUAUUAGAGAUAUUAGAGAUAUUAGAGAUAUUAGAGAUAUUAGAGAUAUUAGAGAUAUUAGAGAUAUUAGAGAUAUUAGAGAUAUUAGAGAUAUUAGAGAUAUUAGAGAUAUUAGAGAUAUUAGAGAUAUUAGAGAUAUUAGAGAUAUUAGAGAUAUUAGAGAUAUUAGAGAUAUUAGAGAUAUUAGAGAUAUUAGAGAUAUUAGAGAUAUUAGAGAUAUUAGAGAUAUUAGAGAUAUUAGAGAUAUUAGAGAUAUUAGAGAUAUUAGAGAUAUUAGAGAUAUUAGAGAUAUUAGAGAUAUUAGAGAUAUUAGAGAUAUUAGAGAUAUUAGAGAUAUUAGAGAUAUUAGAGAUAUUAGAGAUAUUAGAGAUAUUAGAGAUAUUAGAGAUAUUAGAGAUAUUAGAGAUAUUAGAGAUAUUAGAGAUAUUAGAGAUAUUAGAGAUAUUAGAGAUAUUAGAGAUAUUAGAGAUAUUAGAGAUAUUAGAGAUAUUAGAGAUAUUAGAGAUAUUAGAGAUAUUAGAGAUAUUAGAGAUAUUAGAGAUAUUAGAGAUAUUAGAGAUAUUAGAGAUAUUAGAGAUAUUAGAGAUAUUAGAGAUAUUAGAGAUAUUAGAGAUAUUAGAGAUAUUAGAGAUAUUAGAGAUAUUAGAGAUAUUAGAGAUAUUAGAGAUAUUAGAGAUAUUAGAGAUAUUAGAGAUAUUAGAGAUAUUAGAGAUAUUAGAGAUAUUAGAGAUAUUAGAGAUAUUAGAGAUAUUAGAGAUAUUAGAGAUAUUAGAGAUAUUAGAGAUAUUAGAGAUAUUAGAGAUAUUAGAGAUAUUAGAGAUAUUAGAGAUAUUAGAGAUAUUAGAGAUAUUAGAGAUAUUAGAGAUAUUAGAGAUAUUAGAGAUAUUAGAGAUAUUAGAAAUAUUAGAGAUAGAGAUAUUAGAAAUAUUAGAGAUAUUAGAGAUAUUAGAUAUUAA